GAGACGCACACAGAAAAGCGAUGGAGUUGAUUGGGUCAUUUCAAUUUUUCUUCUUCAUCUUCAUGGCCUCCAUGGCACUGCUGUACAUGUGCUGCAGCUUAAUAUAUUCGUUUUGGGUUUCUCCAGUCCUAGCUUACAGGAAGCUUAAGAAAUAUGGGCUAAAUGGUCCAUCUCCAAGCUUUCCAUUAGGAAAUCUCACUGAGAUGAAAAAGAAGAUCAAUGUUAAAAGCUCGUCGUCUUCAUUUGGCCAGCCUAACUCAAAUAUCAUCACCCAUGACAUUCACUCAACUCUAUUUCCUUACUUUGCUCGCUGGCAGAGCUCCCACGGAAAAAUGUUCGUCUAUUGGUUAGGCACAGAGCCAUUUCUGUACAUAGCCGAUCCAGAGUUGCUGAAAAAAUUGUCUACAGAGGUCACAGCAAAGAACUGGGGGAAGCCUGCUGUGUUUAGACGUGACAGAGCUGCCAUGUUUGGUAAUGGCCUCGUUAUGUCAGAAGGUGAUGACUGGGUUCGUCACCGCCAUGUUAUCACUCCUGCUUUUAACCCUACCAACUUGAAGGCAAUGGCGAGCUUAAUGGUGGAGACCACCACAGAAAUGCUGGACAACUGGAGAGUCCUCAUAGAUUCCGGCUCUCAGGAAAUCGACAUCGAGAGAGAAAUCACUGCCACGGCAGGAGAAAUCAUCGCCAAGACAAGCUUUGGCAUUAGUUACCAAAGUGGGCGACUAGUGUAUGACAAAUUAAGAGCCUUGCAAAUGACCCUCUUCAAAACGAGCCGUUUUGUGGGAGUUCCCUUUGGCAAAAUGAUGCACCCUAAGAAAACCCUCGAGGCCAGAAGACUUGGACAAGAAAUCAACCAACUGUUCCUGUCAAUCAUCAGUGCUCGGAAAAAAUCGAUAAGAGAGUCGACGCAGCAGCACGACUUGCUCGGAAUACUGCUUAAGCAAAGUGAACAAGGAGGUUUUACAAAGGCUUUAACCACACAGGAUCUGGUGGAUGAGUGCAAGACAUUUUUCUUUGGCGGUCAUGAGACAACAGCAUUGGCAAUCACAUGGACAAUGUUGCUUCUGGCCACUCACCAGGAUUGGCAAGAUCAAUUGAGAGAGGAGAUUAGGGAAGUGGUGGGAGAUAAGGAGAUUGAUGUCAACAUGCUUGCUGGACUAAAGAAGAUGGGAUGGGUGAUGAAUGAGGUUUUUCGAUUGUAUCCAUCGGCACCAAAUGCACAGAGACAAGCGAAAGGGGACAUUCAAGUGAGUGAUGACCUGGCAAUUCCCAGUGGGACCAACAUGUGGAUUGACAUAGUGGCCAUGCACCAUGACCCAGCUCUGUGGGGUGAUGACGUCAAUGAGUUCAAGCCAGAGAGGUUUAAAGAUGACAUACAUGGCGGGUGCAAGCACAAGAUGGGGUAUUUGCCUUUUGGGUUUGGAGGAAGAAUGUGCAUUGGUCGAAACCUAACUUUCUUGGAGUACAAGAUUGUCCUAACCCUAAUUCUGUCGAAGUUUUCUUUCACCAUCUCUCCCACCUAUUGUCACUCUCCUUCGGUUGUGCUCUCUCUCAGGCCUUCCAAUGGGCUGCCGCUUGUUCUGCAUCCCCUUUAGGCAUAAAAGGCAUAUUUUUUUCUUGCAGAGAAGAAUUGUAGAAUGCCUUUGAUUUUUUACUAUUA